AUGCUCAAUAUCUUCCGAAUCUCAGGAGAUGUGGCCCAUUUGGUGUCGAUCAUCAUCCUCAUCCACUCGGUGGAAACAAAGAAGUCGGCGAAGGGGAUCUCGCUCAAAACACAGCUCCUGUACGCGCUGGUGUUCAUCACACGGUACCUGAGUCUGUUGAAGCUGGAGUUCGGGUCGGUGUACAACACGCUCAUGAAGCUGUUCUUCCUCGGGUCGACGUUCUACUCCAUCUUCAUCAUCAAGAAGUACACGAGAGAAAUCACGCAGUACGUGGACGACUUCAAGAUCGGGUACUUGGUGGCGCCGUGCUUCGUGGCGGCGCUUGUGUUCAACUACAAGUUCACGGUGAUCGAGAUCGCGUGGAGCUUCUCGCUGUGGUUGGAGGCGGUGGCCAUCCUCCCGCAGCUCUUUGUGCUCCAGAGCCAGGGCCAGGGCGACUUGCUCACCGUCCACUACAUCUUUGCCUUGGGCUUGUACAGAGCCUUCUACAUCCCCAACUGGGUCUACAGAUACUUCACCGAGGAGCGCUUGGACAUCAUCAGCGUCGCCGCCGGUGUGCUCCAGACCCUCGUCUACUCCGACUUCUUCUACGUCUACUACAACAAGGUGUUCAAGAACUCCUUGAAGCUUCCGGCGUGA